UCUGUGUGCCAAGCUCUGAUUCACACUCGGUUGUAUAUCACGUCCUUGAAACAGUUGAAUUCAACACUCGUCUAGCUGAAGUUAAAUCAACCCGAGAAAUGAUGGGUUUUCUCUGCCUUUUCCUGUCUCUGACUGCUUUACAAGUGGAGGCUUUCAGUGGGGGAGGAUCUUCCAUUGCUUCUCAGUGUGGUUUAAUGCUACCUGGUAAUAGUUUUCAUGGCAGCACAGGGCAGAGCUCUUCCUCACCAUACACUGUCACUGUCAACCAGACCAUCUUCCAGCCAGGAAACACCAUCCAAGUGACUCUGUCAGGAAACUUAACCUAUAAAGGGUUUCUUCUGGAGGCCCAUGAGGAAGGACAGAACAAGGCUGUGGGAACGUUCUCUCUGGGCAGUGGAACUGGGAUCGUUCUUGUGCCUUGCAAUGGGAUCGCAGCCUCUGGGGUGAGUCAAAGCAACAAUCAACCUAGAUCAUCAGUAACAGUCACCUGGACAGCACCAUCCUCAUCCUCAUUGGGCAACAUCAUAGUCAAGUCAACAUUUAUGCAGACCUCCAGUGUAUUUUGGAUUGCAGUGCCUAGCGUGACUGUAAACCGACUGUUCUCAACUGUCCCCACAACAAGAGCUCAAACAACAACUACAGCUCCUCCUACAACAACUACUGAUCCUACUACAACAACUACUGAUCCUACUACAACAACUACUGAUCCUACUACAACAACUACUGAUCCUACUACAACAACUACUGAUCCUACUACAGCAACUACUGAUCCUACUACAACAACUACUGAUCCUACUACAACAACUACUGAUCCUACUACAACAACUACUGAUCCUACUACAACAACAACUAUUGCUCAACUAAAUCUCCAUCCACAACAACCACAGCUCCUACUACAACAACUACAGCUCUCACUACAACAACUACAGCUCCUAACACAACAUCUACUGGACCUAUCCCAAACAGCUCUGAACAGCACAACUAUGACUCCUACUGCUACAUCUGCUACUCCAAGUCCUACUCCUAUGCCUCCUACUGCUACAUCUGCUACUCCUAGUCCUACUCCUCUGACUCCUAAUACAUCAACAACUCCAACUACUGCUACUGCUACAACUCCUCUUAGACUUACGAGUUUGAGAGAAAGAAAGCGCUACUCUAGACCAAUGGGCUGCGAUGUUAGAGAUGACCCCAGGAAAUGCACCUACAUCUCUGUCACAACCUACCCUCCUUUCAUAGUGGAGAUUAGUGCACCUGCAGAGACACCUAAGGGAUACCUGGGAAUCAUCACUGAAAUGCUAACUAAUCAAAUCAAGUUUGAAUCAGUGAUUGUGGUGUACGAAAGUGGAACAUUUACUGUUCAAAACGCCUUUUACAAUGGAGCCACAUUUAUCAACAACACACUAGUGGAGGUGACAGACAAAGAACUUGCUUAUGAUCCUUAUAUAAAAAUACUUCAAUUGAACUUCAUCAUCCCUGAUAAUUUGACUCCAUUUUUGCUCCAAACCUUGACCCUAACACCCAGAUGUGUAAUAGAUACUGGUCUUCAAAAAGUGUUGUUUGUCCAAGGAUCUGUUGAGGAUAAUGGUGAUCUUGGCUCUCCCUCCAUUAUACUUUUGACAGGCCUCUCCAGUCAGGUUUCCUCAAGCUGUAGGAAACCCCUUUUUCACAGCCUGUUGAUGACGUUGGUCUGUUGGAACCUCUUUAACCUUCUGCCUUAAAUCUGCCGAACUUCCAAAGGAGAACUUUACAUCCAAGUUCAACAUUUUAUUGAUUUGGCUAUUUUUGUUCAAUAACAGUGUAUUUUGUUAUAUACUGUAGUCGUGCAUAUUUAUUCAUUUAUUUUGUAUUAUUUGUUGAAAUGUACAUAAUAUUUAUUUUUAUGUAUUUAUUUCACCUUUAUUUAACCAGGUAGGCCAGUUGAGAACAAGUUCUCAUUGACAAUUAUGACCUGGCCAAGAUAAAGCAAAGCAGUUCGACACAUACAACGACACAGAGUUACACAUGGAGUAAAACAAACAUACAGUCAAUAAUACAGUAUAAACAAGUCUAUAUACGAUGUGAGCAAAUGAGGUGAGAUAAGGGAGGUAAAGGCAAAAAGGCCAUGGUGGCAAAGUAAAUACAAUAUAGCAAGUAAAACACUGGAAUGGUAGAUUUGCAAUGGGAGAAUGUGCAAAGUAGAAAUAAAAAUAAUGUGGUGCAAAGGAGCAAAAUAAAUAAAUAAAUUAAAUACAGUAGGGAAAGAGGUAGUUGUUUGGGCUAAAUUAUAGGAGUAUUAUAGAGUGUAAAACUAUUCCAAUCCCAGUAUUUAAUUGUCAAUGCUAAUGUACAUACGUUAAUGAAUGUUUUUGUGUCCUGAAAAUAUGAUUUAUUAAGAUAUUUUACACAUAUAUGUAUCUGAUCCGUAAGGGUAUUCGCUCCACUAGGAGCUGAAAGUACAAGUUAAGUUCUUCAAGAAUUUGAUAUGGAACUGAGCAUUGGGUUUUGAAUGCCUCUAGAAAACCUUAAGCCAUAGAAGUGAAGAAAUGUGUACUCUUAUGCAAUAACACUGUCCACAUAUAUUUUGAAUAGAAUGUAUGCUCCCUUACCUUGUAUUUCGGUAUUUAUUUGGCUGUGUUUACACAGGCAGCCCAAUUCUGAAAUGUUUGUAUUAAUUGGUAUUUUGACCAAUCAGAUCAGCUUUGAAAAAAUAGCUCUGAUGUGAUUGGUCAAAAGACAAUUUAGUGGAGAAAAAAAUAAUCACAUUUGGGCAUCCUGUGGAAACGCAGACAUUGUGAUGGUAACACAUUUACAGGUAGACCAGAGAAGCCAUAUCCUUGAUUGGCAGAUGAAUCGAAAUGCUGAUUAGAAGCACCUGCUUCUCACCGCUUACUCACCUGUCUUCCCUAUAAUACAUUUAUUUAAUUUUUUUAUUUAUCUGUUAUUUUACCAGGUGAGUUGACUGAGAACACAAUCUCAUUUGC